CCUCCUUUAUUUUCUCCUCCCCUAGCUUUGUUUACCUUAUAAGGAGGGUCAGCAUCGCAAAGUUGAAAGUGCCUCUGUUAUCUUCCCCUCGAUUUCUACAAAUAGUUCCGUGAACCAGAACGUUCCGUGUGAAAGAUGGCUGGGAAUUCAAUCUUGCUGGCUGCUGUCUCUCUCCUCUCUGCCUGUCAGCAAAGUUAUUUUGCUUUUCAAGUAGGAAGGGCAAGAUUAAAAUACAAAAUUAUGCCCCCGGCAGUCUCUGGGUCACCAGAAUUUGACAGAAUAUUUCGUGCACAACAAAACAGUGUGGAGUUUUACCCCGCAUUCAUGAUUACAUUGUGGAUGGCUGGGUGGUAUUUCAACCAAGUUUUUGCUACUUGUCUGGGUCUGUUGUACAUCUAUGCCCGUCACCAGUAUUUCUGGGGAUAUUCAGAAGCUGCUAACAAAAGGAUGACUGGUUUCCGGUUGGGUCUGGGGAUUUUGGCCUUGUUGGCCAUCCUGGGCGCCCUGGGGAUUGCAAACAGCUUUCUGGAUGAAUACCUAGACCUCAAUGUUGCCAAGAAACUGAGGCACUUCUAACUUUUCCCCUCCCUUUGCUCAAAUGCUUGCAGAAGAUGUUUCCACUCUGAAGCUUAUAUGGUGUCACUUGUUCAAUUAAAAAAAAUGAAAGUCUUCGUUUUGUUUUUUUUGAAAUGGCUUUGUAGAAACAUACCGGUUAGAGAAUAUACAUUUCCUGUUUGUUUAAGAAAUGAAGUUUGCUCUGAGCCCUGGUUAUAGUUGUCAAUGCUAAAGUUGUGCUUGUGUGGGGAGGAACAGCCUGACCUGUAUGCUGGACUUUCUAGGGACCACUGCCAUCACUCAUCUCUGAGACUGCUUCUCUCUUAUGGAAAGCUCCACACAGACACUGAUAAGGCAGCUGAGCCCACUUCACUGGUUGCAGGAAAGCAACAGAUGGCUGCGUGUCUGGGAAGUCAGGCAAACACAUAGAGUAGCCAGAGAAGAGAGUGAUCAACUAAGAGCACAAAACAAAUCCGGCUGUGAAAAUGGACUUCAUAAAGAAAAAAGGAAAAAGAGAAAAGGUACAUCGUUUUCAAGGAACCAUCCAGAAACCAGGGCUCAGUGAAUAUUCUUGCCCCUGGGGAGGGGAAGGAGGGUCAUGGUCAUGGUUGGAGAGCCUAGGCUGGUUUCCACUGCACUCUGGGUGUCAUGUGGGGUUUGGGGCCGGCUGCUGUUGUGACCCUGAGGUGCAGUCGCCGUCUAGCACAAUGCAAAUGACCUUUCUUCACUUUCUUCAUCUGUAAAAUGGGAAUGAGUCCACUUCACAGUCUUCAGAGACCUUAGGAAAGCAGAAUUAUGAGCCUAUAUAACACAUUUUAACAUCAGGAAAAGAGCUCUCUGUAGAUUUUUCCAAAGAAAGUUGGACAGCCUUGCGUCUGGCGUGGGCAUCUUCCAGAAGCUGUUUAUUGGAACUUUUCUUUUUUAUGGGUACAAAGGAAGUUACAAAGCCUAUGAAUAAUAGAAAAAGAAAUAAAGGCAUUUAAACACUAGUGCUUCCAGAAAAGUAGAGGAGAAGACAUGACAAUCCCUUGCAUCUAAAAUAGCAGUACUAAAUGUCUUAAAGUAUACGGAGAAUGUGUUAGUCUGGGAUGGGGUACCUGGAUACAAGUCCGGUUCCCUCACUCACUGGCUGUUUGACUCCAGACAAGGCAUCUGGUCAAUAGAGGUAGUGCAGCAGGAAGUGAAGACUCCAGAGCUAGACGUUAAACCUGUUCUACCACUUGCUGGCUAUGCUACCCCAGCACUUUGUAGCUCUCUGCCUCAGUUUUCUCUUAGACAAAAUGGGGCUAAUAUUUUAAAAUGCUGAUUCUAUGGUAUUUUUACUUUUUAGUAUUCUGAUUGGUUAUGGUGAUUUGUAUUGUGACAUUUUAAUUAUUUUAUAUAUUGAAGACAGCGAAAGAAGAGAGUGCACAAAUCUUUGACCCGAAAGUGCAAUUAUUUGCAUAAUCAUAUACUUUAGAAGUGGGGGGAAAAAACCCACAACUUUCCAAAUCUUACACUUGAGGAUUUUAAAACAAUUUCUAUUUUGCAUCUAAAUUGGAACAAUUUUAUAGGUGCAAAUUAUAAAUACACACACACAUAGUUUGGUUAAACAAUAUAUGGAAAAAGAAAAUGGGUGCACCAGGAUAUUGGACCUUUGUACCUUUAAACAUCUGAACUAUAGAAUUUAUUGCCUUUGUUCUAAUUCUUUUGUCACCAAGGCAACCUCUUGAUUAUUUUAAUUUCUAUAAAUUCGGCUACAGAGAGUAAACAUGCUGGCCACGGAGAUGUGAGUUUCUGAUCUGUUUGACAAUUACAUAUGUAUUUUUUGUAUAUUAGUAAAUUGACUAAUUUUAUUUUCAGAAAUCAGAUUCAUUGCCUCAAAAAGUCAAUGUUAUGAAAAAAGGGAUGGAGAAGAACUUUUCUGUAUUAAAAGUCUUUACCAAAAAAAAAGGCAUAUGGGGCUGGUCCCAUGGCCGGGUGGUUAAGCUCUCGUGCUCCGCUUUAGCGGUCCAGGGUUUCGCCGGUUCGAAUCCUGGGCACGGACAUGGCACCGCUCAUCAAGCCAUGUGGAGGCGGCGUCCCACAUGCCACAACUGGAGGGACCCACAACUAAAAAUACACAACUACGUACCAGGGGGGCUUUGGGGAGAAAAAGGAAAAAUAAAAUCUUUAAAAAAAAAAGGCAUAAAACAAAAUGGCAAUGUUGGAAGACAUUUGGGAGACAAUUGGGCAAUUUGAAUAUGGAGUGAGAAUUAGAUGAUAUGACGGGGUUAAUGUUAAUUGUGUUAGGUGUGAUAAUAAUGAUAUUGUGGCUAGAGAAGAGAAUGUCCUGAUUUCUUGGAGCUGCAUGCUGAGAGGUUGAGGGAUGAAGUGGUUGGAGGUGUAUACUUUGAAAUGGUUCUGCAAAAUAUGUAUGUGAAGCAUAUAUGGUGAAGUGUUAGCAAUUAUUAAAUUGAGUUGGUAAGUGUAUAGUUA